ACACUUGCUUGUGGCCGCCAGCGGAAGUACACUAAAAAGAUGGUGUCACUCUGCAAUCAUAUAGUGAUGAUUGCUGCUAUGGUUGUGAGCACUACUUCCGUAUCGUUUGAAGAUGUGAUUGAACCCGUGGAGCAGGUAGGCGUGGAUGUGGGCGUGAUGGUGGGUCAGGUAGUGAAGCACCAUCUCACCGGCUGUCACCUGGUGCUCAUCACCACUACACAACACUCACACGUGUUCUCCAGUAUAAUAAGACACAUGGGUGUGGGUGUGGAGGCUGGCGUGGUAGUUGAGGCAGGAUGGGUGUUGUCCCAGGACCAGCUGACCCAGGACCACCUCCUGCAGGGGCUGUGGGGAGACGAUAGAACUACCUGCUGGGGACUCAUCCUUGAUCUCACUAACAGCAACAGUAACGACACCUACCUUACCCUCAGGUUGGCAGAGGCGGCAGGACUGUGGAAGAUGCCAGAGACGCGGGUGGUGGUGGUGGGUGGGACGGCAGGAGUGAAGGACGUCCUCCUCCACCAUAGUCUCCGUAACACCGUCCACGGCCUCUACCUGGCCCUCCACGACCUCCCCCUUCACACCCCACAGCGUUACGAUAACUCACGCCUCAGGGAGAUCCUAACACAGCAAGCAUCAGUGAGUGAGCGUGCAACGACGGGAAGGCGGACGUUCAACUUAUACACCAGUGGAACCUCACCUCUCUCCCCCAACACGCUGAUAACCUUUUCUUUCAUGAUUAGGUUUUAUAUGCUCUGGUAUUCCUAG